AUGGGUUCUAAUCGAGAGGAUCAGACGUUCCUCAAAAAUCUCAUCAAGCAGAUGACUUUCGAAGAGAAAGUUCUACUUCUCGCAGGAUCUUCGUUCUGGGAAACUACUGGCAAUGAGAGAUUUGGAAUACCACGUAUGAAGCUUACAGACGGGCCGAACGGUGCUCGUGGUGAGAACUUCAAUGAGGGCGUGAAGAGCGCAUGUUUCCCAGCUGGUGUCUCCCUGGCUGCCUCCUUCAAUAGUAAGCUUGCAGGAGAGAUUGGAAAGACACUGGCUCAAGAAACCAUAACCAAAGGCGCACGAGUAUUACUGGGCCCAACUGUCUGUCCUCACCGCCAUCCAAUUGGUGGUCGAAAUUUUGAAUCCUACUCCGAAGAUCCCCUACUUGCUGGACGCGUGGCCUCGCACUACAUCGACGGUGUGCAGGGUGAGGGCAUUGGGGCGUGUAUCAAACACUUCGCCGCCAAUGAACAAGAGACCAACCGUUCGAGCAUAGACGCUCGUGUGAGCGAGCGAGCUCUUCGCGAAAUUUACCUAAAGCCAUUCGAAAUCGUGAUCAAGGCCUCUCAGCCGUGGUCCAUCAUGACAGCGUACAACGUCGUCAAUGGUACGCACGCAGACUCGAAUGCGUACAUGCUCAAAACGAUCCUGCGUGAGCAGUGGGGCUACGAUGGUCAGGUGGUAGGAGAUUGGGGUGGUUGUAACUCGCUGUCUGUUGCUCUCAAUGCUGGCCUUGACCUUGAGAUGCCUGGACCGGCCAGUUGGCGUACGAUUGAAAACGUCCAACGAGCGCUCGACAAGAGCGAAGUCACCAUGGAAACGAUAGAGGCUCGUGUCAUGGAGAACUUGAAGUUCCUCCAGCGCAGUGGCGGAUUCGAGAAUCCGACUAUCCCUCCUGAGCGUGCGGAAGAUCUCCCCGAGCACCAGGCACUCAUCAGGAGGGCAGGUGCUGAAGGCGCCGUCUUGCUCAAGAAUAAAGACAGCCUCCUCCCACUGAACACCGAAAAGACGCGCUCGAUAGCCUUGAUCGGUUUGGCGAAGCAGUGCUUGAGCCAGGGUGGCGGCUCGGCUGCAGUGAACCCGCACCGCGCUAUCACACCUUACCAGGCUUUCAAGGAGGUAGUCAGCGAUAAAAUUCGACUGAGCUAUGCUGAAGGAGCUUCUAUAUUGAGGAACCUUCCUCCAUGUGGUGAAGGCGUGACGGACUCGGAAGGCAAGCCUGGCUUUACGUUUCAAUCAUUCAACGACAAGGGUGAGACGAUGUCCACAGUCAACUAUGCGAGUUCGAGCUUUCGCUCGCGCGAGGCGACUGGCAUGGCGCGCAUUGUUCUGACCGGUACCUACACCCCGAAGGUUUCUGGAAAGCAUUACAUCAGCUUGGCUACCAUCGGCAACACCAAGGUUCACAUCAACGAUGAUCUUGUAUACAACAUUGAAGGGAAGUCGGCGGAUGUUUAUGCGAUCUUACUCGGAGUCGCGAUCGAAGAACAGAAGCAGUUCGAGUUUGAAGCAGGUCGACCUUACCGGAUCCGUCUGGAAGCUGCUACUGUCGCUGACCCCGAGAAUGAAGUCUCUUUCAACGCGAAAAGUCUUGGGUUCAACUUCGGACUCUUGGAGCAGCAUCUUAUGGAAGCCGAUCUCCUCCAAGAAGCCAUCGAAACCGCCAAAGCGUCUGAAGUAGCUGUUGUAUUCGUUGGCAACACCCAAGCCUGGGAGACCGAGGGCGACGACCGCGACACCAUGGAUCUCCCGCGUAACGGUUCAUUCGAUAAACUCAUCGCCGCCGUCGCAGCCGUAAACCCCAACACCAUCGUCGUCAACUCCAGCGGCUCCCCCAUCACCAUGCCCUGGAUUGAUUCCGUAUCUGCUGUCCUGCAGGCAUGGUUCCCAGGCCAGGAAGCAGGCUACACCAUGGCCGAUAUCAUCUUCGGCGCCGCCUACCCCGGCGGCAAGCUCCCAACGCCAACUUCGUCGAGUACACAGAGGCCCGACACCGUGCUGUUCCCCUUCGGCUUCGGGCUGUCGUACACAACCUUCGAUGUCCACAACAUCGCCCUCUCAUCAACGACACUGCGCCAAGGCCAGGUUCUCCAUGUUGACGUGGACAUCACCAACACGGGCGCGCGCGACGGCAGCGAGACACUGCAGGUCUACGUCGGCCCGCGCAGCGCGGGCGCGAUUGACAGGCCCAUUAAGGAGCUCAAGGGCUUUGAGAAGGUGCAUCUGGCCCCAGGCGCCAAGCAAUCAGUCUCUGUUCUCCUAGAGUUGAUGAGUUUUGCGUACUUCAGCGAGGCAAAGGGGAAGUGGGCUGUGGAUGCAGGGACGUAUGUGGUAUCGGUGGGUGUGUCGAGCAUGCACAUUGUUGGCACCAAGGAGGUUGAGAUUGCGGAGGCUUUUGAGUUUGAUCCGUGA